AUGUCGGCAACAAUGGAGGAGAAAGUCACUUACAAAGUUAGUCAGACCUCUUGGUGGAGAUGGAGAGAUCUUACUAUCUUUCAUUCUUCACAGGGUUACACAUCAUUCUGGAAUGAUUGCAUCUCCUCAGGACUGCGUGGCUGCAUGUUAAUCGAAUUGGCAUUGCGAGGACGUCUUCAGCUUGAGGCUUGUGGAAUGAGGCGCAAGAGUCUAUUAACGAGAAAGGUGAUUUGCAAGUCAGAUGCUCCUACAGGGGAUGUUCUGCUUGAUGAAGCUCUGAAACAUAUAAAAGAGACCCAGCCUCCUGAAACAGUACAAAAUUGGAUUGAACUGCUUAGUGGUGAAACAUGGAACCCACUGAAGUUGCACUACCAACUACGAAAUGUCCGUGAACGGUUAGCUAAAAAUCUAGUGGAAAAAGGUGUAUUGACAACAGAGAAACAGAACUUCCUUCUUUUUGACAUGACUACGCACCCUCUCACCAACAACAAUAUCAAACAGCGCCUCAUCAAGAAGGUUCAGGAGGCAGUUCUUGACAAAUGGGUGAAUGACCCUCACCGCAUGGACAAGCGCUUGCUGGCACUUGUUUAUUUAGCCCAUGCUUCAGAUGUUCUGGAGAACGCUUUUGCCCCCCUUUUGGAUGAGCAGUAUGAUUUAGCCACAAAGAGAGUGCGGCAGCUUCUGGAUUUAGACCCUGAGGUUGAAUGUAUGAAAGCCAACACGAAUGAGGUUCUGUGGGCUGUUGUAGCAGCUUUCACAAAAUAACUGCAUUCAGACUGAAGUGUUCUUUCUUCUUUCAUGUAAACCAGUUGUUUCUCUUCUAUUGACUAUUCAUGUUUUCUGUACUUUGUACCUUCUCACAUGAUGAAUCGGCUCUUGUUUAAUGGGAAUUAUAAGUGGUGUAUUCCCUCCUUCUCUGUGUAUCUGUAUACAGGAUUCUGCUGGUACAAGAGACCUUCCUGUUUAAAAACAACAGGAGAAGGCUUUACUGCCAUAUUGGCAUUCCGUUUCCUAUUCAGUCUGAGUUAUCUGAAAUACUUUGUUUAAUCUAUUUUUCAUCUUAUUGUUAUUGAAGUGGUUUAACAUGGAAAGCACCUCAAGGAGGAAAUGUGCAUGCAGCUUGAUCACUAGUCUCAGCUGACAGACGUGUGCAUGCAUCAGUACUUCUGCAGAACAAUUGAAAACAGAUUAAAAAAGGGCCUUUUUAAGUCACCAAAGCUCCAUGUUGAAGUGUCUGUCAGGGCAUUUUAUACACAGAUGUUGUUUCAAUUAUAUCUAACAAAAUUACUUUAAAAGCAGAAAUGCCAUUAAGCAGCUUUGUCAAUAGUUCCUGUAAAAUGCCCCAUAAAUUUUACUUUUCAUGCAAGUGUCUUGUGUACUUACAUUUUCGUUAGAGCCAUAGCUGAGUCAUAAAGCUAGUAUAGAAAGGUCCAAUUGUUUCAUAAAGCAGUUUGGGGAUGGGAUACAUUCCAUUAUAUUGUAUAUAUAGUUCAAAUUGUAUAUUAACAACUGCCCCAUCUUAGUAUUUUGCAAGAUCUACUUAGUUGUACACCUGGUGCCCCUUAUUUGCCAUCAGCCAUUGCCAUUCAAUGGAAAGAAAGGCCUCCUGUGCAGAGCAUGUGUGUGAAAGCUGUUUGUUUCCAGUGUCUACAGAGUUUGCCAUCAAGGUAUUCUCAGUCUAUGCAUUGCCUUUGAUAAUUAGUGUAAGGAAAGAGAUCGCUUUCUGUCAUUGUUUGUACUACCCCUUUCUCCUCCCUCCCCAGUAUGGAAGAGGCUCAUGACCAGUACAAUUCUUGAGUGCGGUUUUUAAUUUUGUACCCAAAUUAUUGUUUGUCUCUUAAACCUCAUAAUCUAUUUUACACUUUAAAAACAAAAUCAGUCCUAGCAGGUGUUGCAUGUAAACAGUUAGCAAGUAAUGACUGCAGUUCAAAUGGUUAGUAUUUCUGUAAUGGGAUGCUUUGCUAUAUUUUAAUUUUUUAUAUACAAUUAUGCUGAUUAGCACACUACUGUAAAAAAAAUAUCUAAAACUUUGGCUUUUUAAAAUUUAUUGCCUCUUUGCUGCUGCUUGUUGUCUCCCAUUGGUUUCACAGUGUAAAUAUUAUGCAUUGAAAAAAUUAAACAUUGAUUUUUUUUUUCUUCAUAACAAUGCAGAUUUAUAGUGGGGCUUACAGGUGUUUAGAAACUUUUUUUGGUUAAUAUUCAGAGCAAGAAUACUAGAUGGUGUAUAACUGUAGAGUUGAAAUUUAAGGGAUCCCUUAAUCUGUAUACUAGCUUUUUACCUACAGUAAAUAAACUAUGAUCUUGAAA